AUGGACUCAGAGCGGUUCUUGACUAAUCCAAAAACCAGAACGGCCACACCGGCCCCGGGGGCCCGAAGAACCCGCAUUCCCACUCCUAUCCGCAUCCAGGGCAAGCCAGGCAUGUCUACAGCAACAUCAACGUCGUCGACCGGCAGAACCACGCCUUCAGGACGCAUCACACCGGUACCCAAGGGAAGUGGGAUUCCGUACAGAGUGGAUACGAGGGACCCUGAUCGGACCGCGAGUCGAGCAGCGAGUCGGGCAUCGAGUCUGACUCUGGCUGGCGUCAAGACCAGACCGACGAGAGCAGCGACUCCCAUGGCCAUGACUCGACCUGGCGAAUUCAGACCCGGAGGAGGAUUAAGGAAGGGAGGAAGUCGAGUGACGAGCAAAUCUGGACGCAGUUUCUCCAUGCCCACAAGGCCACAUUGCGAGACUAUGGAUCAGGUGGAAGUGGAGCAGGUUGGGAGAGUUGAGGAGGUGACGCGGGUGCAACUGGAGGAAGUCAAGAAGUUGAACGUCCUAGAGGUCAAGGUGGAAAAGGAGGAGGUUGGGCACACAAAUGAGCAUAUGUCUCGCCACAUCGUCCCACCAGACAUGCCCACUCAUAUGACACAUACUCCUCCCCCGGAGGACACAUCUGUGGACUCUUUUGUCUCUGCACCAGAAGAACCAAGAAGUUAUAGCAUGGGCGAUUUGCUGACGUCUCACCAAAUGCUGACACGUGACCGCAACGACUCUACAACCUCUCUGCAGCGAGAAAAUCCCAUUUCCCGACGACACUCGCUGACUGUUUCUCUCACCGAAACAGACUCGGAAACCGUGCUACUAAGACAACAGUUCAAAACAGUGGCUAUAGAGACCGUCACGGGUGGCGAGCCACGUGACCCGACCAUCCACGAUACCCUGGUCACAUGUUCGCCUGAUCAUGUGAUUGUCAGCACCGGCUCGAACCACAUGACUUAUCCCACCUGUCUUUACACCUGGACUUUGGUGGACCAGAAGCUGAGUAACCCGUACCUGCUCCGUCACAAGCUCAAGUAUGCGCUUGUAGCCAUUCCCAUCCCAGUUUCUGGUAUGCCCAAUCUCUCUCGGUCAGUUUCUCGUGUGUCGUUGGAGUCGUCACGAACAUCUAUCAUCUCUGUGGAUGAUUCAGAGAAACGACGGAGCAGUUUUGGACGACUCAAGAGUCUGUUGAGAAAGAAGGAUAAGGAGGUGAUUGCUAAGCCAUACACGCCGUCGUCACGUGAUAAGCCCGAGUACUCUCUGGUGUUGUUGUUUGACUCCAAGGCUUCUCAGCAAAUGUGGAAGGAGAAGUUGGGGUAUAUGCUUGAAGGAGAUGCUCAAAACCGUCUUCCUCCUGUAAUGACUCGUCAUAGACCUCACACGCCUCCUCAGGACGAAGAUCUGGGUUUCAAGGUCGACCGAGACAGACUGCGGAGUUAUAUGGAUGUUGGAGGGUGGAGUAAGUUGGUUCGAAAGAGAGACAGUGUGAUUGAGACAUCCGAUAAGAGCGAAAAGAGAGAUAGUAAGGGAACAGGGUCGUUGAGAAAGUCGAGGAGCUUCAAAAACUUCCGUGAAAGUUUUUACUCCUCGAAAACCGUCGACUUGGAGGAACCAGACACUACUGAAGCAAGGGAUGAUGCCAAGGACACAAGGGCACCUAAAAAGGAGUCUAGUGGGGAGGAAGAAAAACAUGGAGAUGGAGAUUACCCAUGUUUAGAAGAUGCCCAGGAAAGAUUUUCGACCCCCUUGGAGAAUGUUCCUGCUGACGAAGGGGCUUCUGUUUCCGUCAUUUCUGCUGCUUCGGAUGAACAGACAACAUUGAACGACAUGUUUCGAAGCGAUGAGUUCUACCGACAGUCUACGUCGUCGCUAUCACAGGAUACCGAUUUACGUGACUCGUCGCACCUUGAGGUGGACCUCUCACGUGACGUUACACUCAAGCGGCGACCCCAGGGUAUUGUGAUGGCUCGGGAAGUGUCUGAGGGCACUGUUAGAGAAGGAGAGACAUAUGAUCAGCUGCAGCAAUUGAAGCGGACCUCACGUGAGUCACAUGGACACGAUCCAUUAUCACGUGACUCAUUCUCAUAUGAUAUUCAGCGUCACGACUGUCUUCCACGAGAGAGUCCCACUCAUGAGAGUCCCCAGGAUGAGUGGACUCGGCUUUCUACUUAUACCCUCAACACCACCAACUCAAGCUGUCCAAUCACUCCUGUGACGCCUGUGUUGGAUGUCAACCACGUGAGCCCCGUGAUUGCCUUCUCUGCUAACACAACUCCUCCCAUCAACAUGCUCCACACUGUUCCCAGCAAUGUCAGCACUGCUAAGAGUGUCAGUAACCAUCACCACUUGACAUACUCGGACCACAUGGGUUAUUCUGACCACGUCCCGCAUGUUCCACCCCUUAAGACCCCGCUGUGGUUGCCAGGUCACAGCAGGGCCAAGAGUGAUAUUCGAGCUGCUCUUGCGCGAGAUCGAGGAGGAAGCAGCACUCCCGUGACCCCCAUGGCUUCCACCGCCGACCUAUUGUCUCUGACUCGCGAUCGGUCCAGUAACGAUAUGGUGUCUCUAAAGUCGCGCGAAUUCCAGCUCAAAAACACCACUGUUCGUCCUCGGCUUCAUAAGACGGUUUCCAACCCUUGCCUGGUGGACGCAACUGACGAAGCUGAAAAGAUGAACAAAAUCAGUUCGGAGGCCGCUCGUCUGUGGCUCAAGCGACGCCAGAGCGUCUCAUCCAUCUCCUUGGCCCCUCCUGUGUCUCUGCAGCAGCUGGUCAAGGAGCCAGCAGUCCGAAAAAUGACCAAAAAUGUCUACAACGGCCAGCUUCCUGGCUGGCAUGCCUUGUCUCAGGCAAGCAGUAGAGUCCCUGGGGUUCCUGUCCCCAAGGCAUAA